AAAAAAACUCAGUCUCGGUUUAAAAAAAGUAUUUUCUCCCAGUCGCCCCCAGAGGACACUGAAUACUACAAAAAUCCUACAAGAUAUUUAUUCUAACAACAACACAAACGCCAAACGACCAGUGCGUAGGCAAAAGCGGAAGUGCGUAGAAUGGAUUCCUCUUGCUUACACUAGAGAAGACAACCUGAAAAAAAAAUCAAAACAAACAACUCUGCGAGAUUAUUUUUUUUCAGUUUCCUUUAAUAGAUAACCAAACUCGUCACAGGGGGAAGGCUUCCUUCAAAUCGAGUAUGGAGAAGCAAUUGUUCGACCUCAAGUUUGCGGCCAAAGAGCUUCAGAGGAGCUCUAAGAGAUGUGACAAAUAAGAAAAGGCAGAAAAAUCCAAAGUGAAGCAGGCCAUCCAGAAGGGUAAUAUGGAGGCAGCCAGGAUCCAUGCAGAAAAUGCCAUACGUCAGAAGCACCAGUCCAUUAACUUCUUGAGAAUGAGCGCCCGCGUGGAUGCUGUAGCUUCCAGGGUCCAGACCGCUGUCACCAUGAACCAGGUCUCUAAAUCCAUGUCUGCAGUGGUCAAAUCCAUGGAUUCUACACUGAAAAGCAUGAAUUUGGAGAAGAUCUCUGCACUGAUGGACAAGUUCGAAAACCAGUUCGAAACCCUGGAUGUGCAGACGGCCCACAUGGAAGACGCGAUGAGCAGCACCACCACGCUGAUGACACCUCAGAAUGACGUUGAUAUGCUGUUGCAUGAAAUGGCAGAUGAAGCAGGGCUGGAUCUUAACCUGGAACUUCCUUCGGGUCAGACUGCCUCUCUGGCUUCGUCUGCAGCAUCAUCUGAGCAGGAUGAGCUCUCCCAGAGGCUGUCCAGGCUGCGGGGCCAGGUGUCCUAAGGGCCGAGGGAGGCCAAGGAAACCAAAGGCGGAGACGCAGCGGUAAUUAAAAAAAAUAAAAAAAAUAAAAAGGAAACAUAAACAUGAAAAACAAAGAAACGGUGCAGUGUUCCUGCUCGCUUUGAAAGCGCUCGGAGGGGAACGGCCGCAGAGGAGCAGCGUCGUAAGGGAGGGCGACGCCGGCCUCCGUCUGCAUCUGCUCCACGGUAACCCUCAUUUGCCUUUUUAAGGACGUUUACAUUAUUGUCCGAAAGCUCGGCAAGCGCACGCCUCUCGGUAUUUGCAAUACUUUGCCAAUGUUGAAAAAAAAGUAUGUGCUUUGUUUACAGCGUGUACCUCAUUCUAAAAAGGGUUGUGAAUUAUUUUUGAAAUGCAAAGACCCACGUUUGUUGAUUUGUAUUUAUAUGUAUUUAUGCUUAUUUAUUGACCGACUGACCUUUAUCAGCGUUGCACUUCUUGCAUGAGAGAAUGCGAAGAAUUGUGUUUUUUGCUUGUUUCCUGUUGUGGAACCCCCCCCCCCCCUACUGUUUUUUACUCAAAAACAGGGCUCAUGGUGAAUUUGUAGCACUCUAACCUGCUGGGAGAAAAAGCCAUUAAAAGAAG